AAGAGCGCCACCUCUGGCCAUGUGCGUCACAGUGUCAUAUCACGUGUAAAGGAUUAUUAAAUCGCGCUCGCGGGAUGGAAACAGAAAGUAAUAUAUUUGUUUUUUAGUGAUUGAAUGUCCCGAAUAUGCUGUAACCAUGAAGCUGUUUAACUUUUUGCUGAAAGACGUCACGCGCAAAAUCGAGUAUUAUUCACGCUUCUCUCCUUCGCCGAUGUCCAUCAAGCAGUUUUUGGAUUUCGGUAGAGAGAAUGCUUGUGAAAAAACCUCCUAUAUGUUCCUGAGGAAAGAACUGCCUGUUCGUUUGGCCAAUACAAUGAGAGAAGUCACUCUGUUGCCUGGCAAUCUGAUAAACCAGCCAUCUGUCCAGCUGGUCCAGAGCUGGUACAGCCAGAGCUUUGAGGAGCUGUUAAAUUAUGAAAACCGGAGCCCAGAGGAUCCUCACACCCUUAAUGAUUUCUUAGACCUCCUUAUCCAGAUCCGGAACAGACACAACGAUGUGGUUCCCACCAUGGCCCAGGGAGUGAUCGAAUACAAGGAGAAGUUUGGUUUCGACCCAUUCAUCAGCAGCAAUGUGCAGUAUUUCCUGGAUCGUUUCUACACCAGCCGCAUCUCCUUCCGCAUGCUCAUCAACCAGCAUACUCUCCUCUUCAGUGACGGCAUCAACCACGCCCAUCCCAAGCACAUCGGAGGCAUUGACCCAGCCUGCAACGUAGUCGAGGUAGUAAGAGAUGCAUACGAGACUGCAAAGAUGCUCUGUGAAAAGUAUUACAUGAUAGCGCCUGAGCUACACAUCCAGGAAUUCAACAGCAAGAACCCCGAUAAGCCGAUCCAGGUGGUGUAUGUGCCGUCGCAUUUGUUCCACAUGCUCUUUGAGCUCUUCAAGAACUCCAUGCGAGCUACGGUGGAGCUUCAUGAGGACAACGAAGCAGGACUUCCCCCUGUGAAAGUCUGUGUAACUCUGGGAAAAGAAGAUCUCUCCAUAAAAAUUAGUGAUUGUGGAGGGGGCGUACCCUUGAGGAAGAUUAACCGCCUUUUCAACUACAUGUACUCCACAGCUCCGACGCCAACCCUGAAUCCUUCAGAAAAUGCUGUGCCGCUGGCUGGCUUUGGCUAUGGUUUGCCCAUCUCCAGACUGUAUGCACGCUACUUCCAGGGAGAUCUAUGCCUCUACUCUAUAGAGGGAGUAGGCACUCAUGCAGUCAUCUAUCUGAAGGCUCUGUCCAGCGAGUCUUACGAGCGACUGCCAAUCUUCAACAAGUCAGCAUGGAGACAUUAUCAGUUAGGGCCAGAGGCAGAUGACUGGAGCAACCCCAGCAGCGACCCUCGGGACGCAUCCACAUUCAAAACACACUAACAGACUAACACUUUCCGUGUAUCAGUGAAUGCCACCUGGAGAGUGUUUUACUCACAAUUAACACAAACCGAGCAAGGAGUAAAAUCUGGAUCUCAGAAACUGGGUGCGUAGGUGAGAAUACAGCCUGGAUCGAGUGGAAAGUGCACAUGCACAUACAAACAAACACACAUUCACACCCUCAUUAGAUAAUCCACCUAAAGGCAUGUUUUGGGGGGUUCGGAGGAAACCAGUGAGUCCAGAGGAAACCUACACAGACAUGCGAAGCUCACUGAAAGGUGAGCUCAGACAAUCAGGAACUCUGGAGCUUUGAGCCGCACCAACUCACUUCUUGAUGGACUUUUUUAAUACAUUACUUAUUUGUUUAUUUUUUUUAAACCAUUGUUUAUAGCUGAGCCCUGGGUCAAGAAAUACUGAAUAUAAUGAGUCAAAAUUCUUUCUGUAGCUAAAAAUCACAUAGAUGUUGAAAGGCCUUUUUUCAGCAAAGAUCUAACAGAAUCUGAACUGUAUUUGUUUUGUAUUCACUAUGUGUGUUAAUUUGUUUUUAUAUGAAAUGAUUAUAGAUUUGAAUCAACUUUUGUAUAUUUAAAUAUUUUUAAACAAUUGAUAAUGGAUGGAAAUGCCACCAAAAGCCAUAGAUAUAAAAUAAGGUUUUCAAAAUAUUUCAUUCAGUACAUAUUAAAUUAAAUGCAAACCAAAUCAAUAAAUAGCAUUUGCUUUUAGCGGUCAGUGUGUUGGUGUCUUUCACUGUAGCAGAAAAGAACCUUUUUUAUAAUUUUGUAAUUUUGGGUGUAACCCAACUUCAUUUGCAAUAUUUUAGUUCAAGAAAAUGUACAGUCAAAAUUGUAUACAGUAGAAAAUGUCACAAUUUCUUCAAGAACCCCAUUUUCCCUGGCCACACUGCUGACAGCGUCAUGGUUUUUAGCUUUACUUACUCAUUUUAGGUCCUCUGUCUAUAAAAAAAACUUUAAUUAUGCAAGUGGGUCACACAGGAAUCAGUACAAUACAGUGUCAUGGGUAAUGCUGGAGAAAUACAUUUAAUUCAUUUAUAUGUAUUGCUGUGGCCAGUGUGACUCCAAACAUUUGACAUAAAAAUGCUUUUCGAAAGACACUGACUUUUUAUUACCGCUAAAUAUUGCGUAAGAAUGCACAUGGGCUAUCCCUUUUUUUUUUAUAAUAAAUAACUGGUAAUAAAAUAAUGGUUACAAGAUUAAGCAGAGGAUUGUCCACAUAAGCUUUAUGGUGUCUCUGGAAGAGUCAGGAAAACCAUUACAGUACAGAUCGAACCAUUA